AUGGCUGACGAGGCAAAUCGGCCUUUGUUAGACGGGCAGGCCAGGUCCUCCUCCGACCUGGUCACAAACAGCUCCUCCCGUCUGGAACAGCAACAUCGAUCGUUUGGAUAUUCGUCCAACACCAUGACGACAUCUUCAUCUCACCAUGCCACUUUGGAUAAUGAGGCAAGUGAGUCAUUGUUGGACGGGCAGGCCAGAUCCUCUUCCGACCUGGUCGCAAAGAGGCCCACUCAUCCGGAUGAGCAAAAUCGAUCGUUUGGAUUCUCGUCCAAUACCAUGACGGCAUCUUCAUCUCACCAUGCCACUUUGGAUAAUGAGGCAAGUGAGUCAUUGUUGGACGGGCAGGCCAGAUCCUCUUCCGACCUGGUCGCAAAGAGGCCCGCUCAUCCGGAUGAGCAAAAUCGAUCAUUUGGAUUCUCGUCCAAUACCACAUCUAUGUCUUCAUCUCAUCGGGCAUCUAUGGCUGGCGAGGCCAGUGAGUCGGUUAUGGAUGGGCAGGCCAGGUCUUCUUCAUCCAACCUGGUUGCAGACAAACUCCCUCGUCCGAAUCAGCAACAUCAGCAGCAUCGAUCAUUUGAAUUGUCGUCCGAAUCUACGCCUCUUCUGCAUCGCCGUGAUGAUAUGGUUACCACCUACGGAACAGAUCACAGACAAUCCCGGCCAUCCUCUUUAGCGUCCCAUGGAGAAGAAUCGCCGGAUGACGGAUCUACCAAGAAGAGUCGAGUACGAUGGCCAACAAUUAUAUCUCUCACACUGUUAACUACUGGAGUCCUGGCGAUCUUGGUAUUCGCCUUUGCGGCGCCAGCCGUGGUCAAAGAUUAUUCUCAAGAAGCUGCUGUAUUUGAACCUAGCACGCUCGAGAUUGAUUCGACGACUCCAGAUGGGGUCCGGGCCAGAAUCCAAGGCGACUUCGUCAUGGACUCUAGCCGUGUGAAGAGCAAGACAAUCCGCAAUUUUGGCCGAUUUGUGACUUGGAUUGCAAAGGAGGUCGAGACCGGCCCUUCAGAUGUUGACGUAUACCUACCAGAGUAUGGGAACGUCUUGAUUGGGAGCGCUGUGGUGCCGAACAUUAAAGUGAACAUUCGCAACGGUCACCACAAUAAGCUUGACUUUUUGACCGACCUCAAAGCCGGUGACUUAAAGGGUAUACAUGCAAUUGCUAUGGAUUGGAUCGAGGGUAGAUUGGCUCAUCUUAGAGUGAAGGGCAAGGCGUCUCUACAUCUGAAAUCAGGCUUGAUACGCCUGGGAACUCAAGUGUUGACAGAUACCAUUACAUUUGAAGAAAAAGACUUUCCAGCCUUGCCUGACAUCAACCUUGUUCAGUUGAAUGUACAUGAUGGAAAUAAUGGAACAAUGGAGGUUGAGGCCUUGUUGGGUGCCAAGCUCCACUCGCCUGUUGCCAUCACAAUCCCUCCUCUUGGGUUUGAUAUCCUUGUACCCAACUGCGCGCCGGGUGAUCCGUAUAUCCUAGCCGCCAAUGCACAGAGUGGAGAAAUCCACGUUGAGCCGAAUCAACUCACCAAUGUGAGCGUCCAUGGUCAGGUCAAUAGUCUCCCCGAGGAGUUGACCUCCGUCUGUCCUGGACAGAAAGGCUCUCCCCUGGACUGGUUGGUGUCCAGUUAUAUCAAAGGCGUCGAGACUACAAUAUACGUGCGUGGGGCAGACGCACCAUCUCCACAAACUCCGGGCUGGUUGGUAGAUCUUUUGCGCAGCGUCACGAUUCCCCUGCCCUUCACCAACCAUGCCUUGGACAAUCUCGUGAAGAACUUCACCAUGGCGGACACACACUUCUCCCUUCCUAGCCCAUUCGCAGACCCAAACAGCCCCGAUGGGCAACUCACCGUCUCUGCAUUGGUCAAGUGUCUAGUGGCCCUCCCAGAGCAAAUGAACCUUCACGUGGACGUUCCUCAUGUUCGCGCCUUCACAAACGUCUUCUACAUUGGGAAGGAGCUCGGAAAUUUGAACAUUGAAAAAUGGCAAGAUUCCAACUCGACGCAGGUGAAAGACACGGAUGGCUCUCCGGCGAUGCUCGUAGAGUUUGCCGUCAAGGACGCACCAUUGCAGGUCACAGAUGACGGGGUCUUGUCACGCCUUGUGCAGGACAUGCUUUGGGGGAAUGAUGAAGUUAUCUUGCACGUAGAUGCCAAGGUAGAUGCAAAGGUCUCAACUGGUUUGGGACAAUUUGCUGUUCGGGGGAUUCCUGCAGAUGGAGAUGUCCCUGUCGAUAGUAUGUUUUCAUGA